UUGUUCGCACACAUGUUGUAAUGUCAAAAAUAUUUGUUUACAUUAAAAUUUUUAACAAUGACUGAGUUGUGGAACGAGUUCGAUUUAAAGAUACCACCUUUAAUAACUUUACCAUCAAAUAAUGCUAACUUAGCACAAAAGUUACGAACUGCCCUCAACAAAUAUGAAAAGCAGCAUACAAUAAAAAACAAAGAUUUCCCAGAAACAGCAGCUCUUCUUUCACGUUUAAUGGCAAGACGUAAGAAUUCUUUUCGUCACAUGAUUGGUUUUCAUAGCAUUCGCAAACUCAAUUCGGCACUUUCCCGUUUGCUACGAAUUGAUUUACCUAGAGAUUUAGAACGCUUCAGUGGUGCUUUACCUGAUAUGGUAUUUGAAGAUGAUAUUUGCGUAGAAAUACCAAAUCGGAAUAGCUUUGAUUAUGUGCUUGUACGUUUGGUAGGAGUGUAUUAUGUACAUAAACGCAUACGCGAGUGUUGCACUGAUGCUGUGGAUUAUAUAACUAAGAUGAUGCGAUCAAACUAUUUCUUUGAAACGAACACAUUGUUUUUUGCCACAAUAGCGAAACUGUUUAAUUUCAGUUUUGAGUUAAGUAAUUUAUGUGCAGAGCUAUAUAAUCAAAUUCUGCCACUAAGACAGUAUUUUCCACAUAAAGGCAUAUAUGAGUUUUUACCAAAAGAUACUAUUUUACCGAAUACAUUGGAACAUCUUGGUAAUAAUAGUGAGAAUUCCACAUAUAAGGAAUUGGAAACACAAAUUCCUCUUUCCGUAGUUUUAAAUGCUACUCCAACAGUACCUAAGCACAAACAACGAUCUGAUGUUGGAACAGAAGUUGACAGAGAAAAGAAAGUUAAAAAAUAUAACAUAGAGCAACUUAGAACAGUAGAAGGCAUUAAGCAAUUUAUAGCCGCAGAAAACAAAGCUCGAAAAAACUCACUACAAACGUCACUUACCAAAAAAAUACUUAAUCACGAAUGGGCGGGUGCUCAAAAGAUUUUCGAAAAAAAAUUGUUAGCUAACGAUAAUAAAAAGGCUGUGAAUAUUUUUCAAAAAUUUAUAUCUUCAAAAAUCUGAGAACUUAAAUAAAUAUUUAAUAACAUUUA